CGCCUCCGUGAUUCGGUGGAGGUGAUUGGAAGUGGUUUGGUGAUUUCAGUUCAUUCGAAUCACUGCAGCAGGAGAAUCUGACAGCGAGCAGGCUGGGGAAGAGAGACGUCGUCUCGUUUUCGUCAAUCGGUUGUCUAUUUCAUUCAUUCAUGUAUGAAAUGACCAUUGGUCUUCAGAAUCAUUUGAAGCGCAAGCUAAUGAGAGAAGAAAAGAAAUGUCAUAGGUCGUCCUGGCCAAAAGUGGUGGUCAGAAAAUGGCUGAAUAUACGGAAGGGGGGUGAUGAAUUUUUCUCAGAUCAGACGGAGAAUGCUGCAAUUGAAAGAAGAAGGAAGAGCUCCGACGACGGCACCUACGCCGUUGUACCGGAAGAACUCUCCGAGCAAUGGUUGGUGGAGUCGGGCGAUGCUUUCCAACGGCUAGGAUUUGGUCAACUAUCCUCACCUACCACUGGCAGCCCCAGCCUCAGAUUGAUGGUGGGGACAUGGAAUGUAGGAGGCAAAUCACCCCACAAUGGACUUAACCUAACAGACUGGUUAAGGACUAAAGCACCUGCUGACAUUUAUGUACUUGGGUUCCAGGAGAUUGUUCCUCUAAAUGCAGGCAACGUGAUUGGGCCUGAGGACUGUGGUCCUGCUGACAAAUGGAUUUCCUUAAUCCGUGAAGCUCUAAACGGCAAUACGAUUAACCACCAUGCCUCCAAGAAAUCUCAUACACCAAGCAAUCGAAGUCCACCUGCAAAGCCGAGAACCAGUUUCGCGGAUUUGCUUUCAUCUGAUCUAGAUGAACACGAUCAAGGCUCCCCCAAUUCUCCAUUUCCUUGGAACAAUGAGAAUCAUUCACCUAGUCCACCUCACCGGUCGGGACAUCAUUCUAACACACCACAGCAGAGGUAUUUGCUGGCUGCCAGCAAGCAGAUGGUCGGCAUCUUUCUGUGCGUGUGGAUUCGCGACGACUUGUAUCGCCAUAUCACCAGUUUGAAGGUCUCAUGUGUUGGAAGAGGCCUAAUGGGACGCCUCGGAAAUAAGGGAUCCAUAUCAAUCAGCAUGACACUACAGGGGACGACGUUUUGCUUCGUGUGCACUCACCUAGCCUCCGGGGAGAAAGGGGGCUAUGCCACCAGAAGGAAUCUGGAUGUAAUGGAAAUCUUGAAACGUACGCGAUUCUCUAACUCCCACAGAACUCCAAGAACACAUUUUUCGCAGCGAGCCAAUACCAUACUCGACCACGACAAGAUCAUUUGGCUCGGGGACUUAAACUAUCGACUUGCAUCCAGUUACGGCUCCACGCACGAGCUCUUGGAGAGGAAUGAUUGGCAAGCCCUGCUAGAGAAAGACGAAUUGAGGAUAGAACAAAGAGCUGGGCGAGUAUUCGAAGGAUGGCGAGAAGGGGAGAUAUAUUUUGCUCCGACCUAUAAAUACCACACCAAUUCGGACCGCUAUGUUCUCCAAAGCUGCACCUCCAAAGAGAAACCACGUACUCCCGCCUGGUGUGAUAGAAUUCUGUGGAGAGGAGAAGGGAUGAAACAAAUGUGCUACGUGCGAGGAGAAUCAAGAUUUUCAGACCACAGGCCAGUCUACUCAAUUUUCUCAGUCGAAUUAAACCUACCCAGCAUGCCUUCUUCUACUUCGACUUCUUCUACAUACAAUAAAACUAUCAAUAAUAAUAACAAUAAUAGUAAUAGUAAUAGAAGAGGAGCAGCAGUAGAGUCAAAAUCAGAGGUUACAUCACCCUCCCAUUUCCACAGAGAGUUUUUGGCAGGGGAUAAGACUCAUAGCUGCAUAGAGUCAGCCCCAAGAUUCCUAAUGAUCAAUACUACUACUACUACUACUACUACUAAUACUACCCCCACUUACUUCCCUGUUCUGUAAACAAUGACACCCACACCCUCAAACUCAAUAUAAUAGCCUUUUCCCAUUUAACCCAAACCAUCUUAACCACCCCCCACCCCCACCCCCACCCCCACGUGGGAAUGAUGGGCGUUGGACACGUGUACAGUUGGAGAUGGCUAUUGUGUAUGGAUUUUGGCGUUGUGGGUGGGGUGGUGCUGGUGAUGGCCACUGGGCCAUGUAUGUAGUGUUUUGUUUUUUUUAACUAAGCUGGGUAUUGGAUAGGUAAAAAGCUGUGGACCAAAGUGUUGAAUGCUAUCUGCUGCUGCUGCUGCUGCUGCUCGUUUGUGGGAAUAGUGGAAAAA